UCAUCCCACUCCUGGCAAGAAAGUGAAGAAAUGCAGCUCUCAAAAUGUCAAAUUAUUGCUUUAACAAAUCCAACUACUAUAACAGUGUGUAUGUUUAGUUUCUAUAAAAAAGAAUCGGGAUUAGGGUUGUUAAAUGCAUCAGUCACUCUCGGGUCGGGUUGUCUGUGCUGCUCAUUAGACAAUCGUGCUUCUCAAAGCGAGCUUGGUUUGAAUGUAGAAUGCGUAAAAAUAAAUCUGUUCAUUGCUUCUCAUUCAAGAUGAAUAAAAAGCUGGUUGUGGGAAGUGACGGCUUCCCAGUCACUCCUCCUUACAAUCAGUCUAUCUGUUGUUGUCUUACCCUCCUCCCACAUUCAUAUCUCUGUGCCUCCUAGAUAGACUCCGCUCUGCAGUUUAACACACACACACACACACACACACUGCUUUGCUAUCGUCAUGGUUUAUUGGGCGGCCAUUCAGAAUGAAGGGCCAAGGGGCCACCUUGGUCACAGGGUCAAAGGGUCACAAGGUUAAAUACAAUCCAACCUUGUUUUUCAAGCAUUUCUGUUUUCCACUUUGACUUGUUGCUGUUUUCUUCCACAUGGAUAUUUAUAUACCAGUAAUCAUGUUUCCCUCUUUGCUGUUUUUUUUUUUUCUUUUUUUUUCGCAACAAGUCAACAGGUUUUUGCACUUUGUCUGAUUUCUAAAAUAGUUUUGUGUAGCUUUUUUUUAAAAUUUUUUUAAUUAGAUUCUCAAUUUCAAAAUACAGUACAUAACAAUCCACCCUGCCCUCCCCCGCUGGCUGUUUUAUAUAUAAAGAUAAAAGAGUGUAUACAAAGAUAGGUGGAUAUGGUCUUUUAGUCUAGAUCGAGGUUGUCUGAAAAGUCAUCCACCACACUGUACAGGACAAAUUUUUAGCCACUACCUUAAUAGAUGGAGCUUCUCACUCCCACCUGUACAUCAAAAUACCUGAGUAAAACGUGUUCAGGGUCCUCACUUGACAAAAGUGAUUGCUUGAAUUUGGGGCGGCUAUGGCUACUUUUCUUAAAUAACUCAUGCACCACUUUUGCCCUCAGUAAAUUCCAUGCUUGCUGGUCCCAAACCAGCUCUGCUGUCUUAGUGAGGGAACUUUUUCUCAGAGCUGUGCUGACCACACAUACUUUACAUGCCUCUCUUUUUGAUAGCAUUCACCAUAGUUACUGAGAAUUAAAUGAAACAGGAUCGCAAAGCCAUUCACACAGUUAACCUUUUUCAGUGCUAAAAAAGUGUUCCUGCUGAGACAGCCUGAGCUUCAGUGAAAUCAGUUGAUUUGAUUAAUGACUCAGAGAGUUGUAUUUAUCCCAUAUGUGCAGGUAUUGAGAAGGAAGAAGUUAGCACACAACAUGAAAAGAGAUUUAGGGUAUAAAUUCUCAAGGUAAUUUUGUCCCAUGCCAUUGGACAAGGGGUCUGAUAUUCUGUGAACAUACUCCUCUCAGAAAAGUAUGUAUUUGUAGUCUCGGCAUCCAGAGAUAAAGGUUUGUUGACGACAUCUGAGCAUGCCGAGGCUGUAAUCCAGGCACAGAUGCAGAACAUGAUGAACAUGCUGUCCCACGUAGGAUCUGUCUUAGCCAAUAACCCCCUGGGGUCAGAUUGUUACCACCUAAUUGUUAGCAUGACAAGAAUGUUAUCACGGGGUCCCAUUGGCCUAUGAAAGCAUGGAUCAUUCUCCAAUACCAGAAAUAAGAUCUGUUUCGUGUUAUGUAUUUCAAAUUGCUUGAUCUUCAUUCAGUUAUUAACAAAACAGACAUUGACCAGACUCGCAUUUUCAUGUCAAAGUUGUACAACAUCAUUUUCCCAAGUUUUAUUUCAUGAAUGUUCUGUUCAAACAGGAGUCACUGCUGCGUAGAAUAAAUACGUUGCGCCUUUCCUGUUGCCAUACGAGACAUCUGAGUCUCUGCUGUUCUGAAAAAUUUUGCAUCUCACAAUCGAGUCCGAGUUGUGUUCCAGGCAGUUGCAUACUGUGUAAUAACACACAGUAGAUAUAUAACCUCGCAAAUUGCCCGAGUGUGAGAGCGCAGCCACCGUCUGCCUCGUGUUUGUUUUGUUUGUGUUGUAAACAAAAUUUGGCAGGUGAGCUAUAGGAGGGAGGGGGAUGUGGAAAGAGAUGGAGAGAGGAAAAGGGAUUUGGAGGAAAGAAGAGGUUCAGGAUGGACGUUUAGAUAUUGCAUUGUGAGAGAAGAGAUUUGUUAAAUCGAUAAUGAGUGCAGAUUAAAGAGCAGAUAACACAACGGUGGUAAAUGACAAACAGCUUCACUUUCACAAGAUCACCUGUUAAGAUUGUUUUCGGUGGAGUAACCUGAUAUUUCCUCCUCUGAGUGUUUUAUUCAAACACUCCCAUGAACUUUGUGCUGCUGUGUAAUUUUGCCUCUGAAUACGGUGAAGAUAAUGUAAAUGUCUUCACAGAAAGAUGACAAUUUGGUUCUUCGUCUGGUGGCUUUUAGAAAGCAGGGACAUUUAAAUGUAAAAUCUGAUUAAACUGUCCAGGAUUUGUAAAAAUGUUGUCUUCAAGAAGGUUAAAGAUUACCCCGAGCAUCAUGACUUGUAAUACAGGUCUUUCCUACUCGGGUGUUUUGAAGACAUUCUAUAUGUAACCAAACCUUUUAUAGCCUCAAGGUUUGUGUAAAAGUUACAGUUAUGUAACCGCCCUGAUAACAAGAGCUGAGACAAGAAAUUUCCGAGGGGAUAAACGUCUUCAAUGCAUUAUGUCACCAUGUAAACAAAGCCUGUAAUGGUGUGGUGGUAUUUCAACAGAAGGAAUCAAGGAUUUGACCUUUGAUCUCUGCCAGUGUAUAAGUUGUUCUUCCACUCUGGCUUGUUAAGAAUCGUGUUUAUAAUAAAGUUUCAGGCCAACUUGAGGAACCUACAACAACGUUUUUCCUCUUUCAUUCAUUCUCAACAAGCCAUAAAGAUAGUUUAGUUAUGUAAACAAAUGGAAAGACUGAAUUCUAGGAAAGGAAGCAGGAAAACGUGAGGAAAAAUGGAAACAAGUUGGACUUUCUUUACACUCUACACUCUACCACCAUAUGGUCUUUUAUUUUCUCAGUGUUUGUGUCACAACAGCGGAGCGUGUUAAUGAAGCAUUAGAAUGAAUCACCACCUGGCCUGUGUGCUGUUGUUAUCCAGACACACCCCGCUCCCUGGAGAGGCCCAGACCUGUUCAGAGAGAGACACACAACACCGCAGAGGAUUUGGUAGGUGUGGUAGCACCUUGGCAUGAUAGAUUAGAUAAAUAGAUAAAUAAGACAUGCAGGAAGUAACGAGGAUAAUGACAGGGAGGCAGGAACUCUGUGCUGGAGAUGAAGGGCAGUUGUAUACCCACACCGCUAAAUGAAACAUGGGUGAAUGGGUGAGUGCAUUAAUGGAUCCUAUAUCCAUUUCAUUUUUAAACUAAAUAAAACGCUGCUAAUCAAGUGCUCCAGAGAAGAAAUCAAACUAUAUUACCACGGUCCAACUCAAGCAGAUUAUUUUGUAAGGGCUUCAAUUACGCGGAUACUUUUCUAACAGCGGCUAUCCCUACAGCUGCAGCCGGGCAUCACAAUAGAUUAUCUGCCCCACAGCGAGCUCUUUACCUUUUGAGUCAUGCUGACGAAGGCAAGAUGUGGAAACGGUGGUGAGGAAAGAUUAUUACCACUGCAGGCCAUGUUAUUUGUACCAACUUGUCCCUAUGGAAGAAAGGUGGAAUUUCACCAACUUGUUGUGUAACCAUUAAUCUCCUUAGUAUACUUAUUCAAUCUUACAGCAUGCAAGCCAGAACAAAGACACUGUGUUCAACACUGUUUCUUCCCUUUUUUUUAUGUACAUUUGAAGUCAAGUGUUUGUGAUAGUUGCAAGACAAAUGAGCACGUUGACGCAAAUGCAGUCACAGGGAAACGCAUUAUGCGUCUGGUAACCAGCAGCAAGACUAAACUAAGCUGAUGUACAGAGGUCUGGCGGACAUAUGGGGGCACUAGUCUGUUACUGACUGUCUUUCAGCCUCCUCUCCAGUAAAGAGAAUGACUUCUUGUUUUCAACAUGUUGAACAUGAAGACGUUUAGUGACUAGUGCCACCUGAACCAGUUAAGCCGUCUUAUCACAGUUUUGUCGUUUACACUUCCUGAAAGGUUGGGACAUCGACCAAUCUUCGUAAAGCCUUUGCCAAUUUUAUUUUGACUUCCCAGAACAAAUUUGUGUAUGUUCUCACGCGCAGUACAAUGUGAAUUGUGCAACAACUUUCAGCUUACAUUUUCGAUGCACUGCUUUGAGUUCAGCCCCUCUGAGUUGGUUGUAAUCUGCAGCACCAACUGUAGUAGAAGCAGUCCCACUGAAUGGCCUCUCUGUCUGCACUGAGCCUCGUUGUGUGUGUGAAACUGGAAACAAUGGGUAUCCAAUGAGACAGGAGCCGUGUUCCUUAGUUCUGAGCUGCCGUUAGAGGGGGAGGACUGCAGGGGAGAGGCCUUUUGUUUAUGUGCUUGUGAGUGUAUGAGAGAGGAAGGGGGAGGCAUUAGAGAUAGGUAGGGUAUAGAUAUGAGUGUUCGGGCACACAUUCUGUCUUUGUUUGUUUUGUUGUUGUGGCCUGUGUGUAGACGAGAGACCAGGCGGGUAAAACCCUCCGUAUAAUUAGUCUGUUAAUCCAGUUUUGAGCUGUGUUAGAAGUUCGGAGAUGCAUGUUUUAGUGAGACCGAGGCCAGCGAAGCAGCCACAACUUUCCCUCUUACUUUGUCCCCUUAAAUGUAGUCUACAGAGCUUUUAGCCUGCAUGGAGCCCAUGAUUGAAACCGCCUGAAACCCUUUUCUCCUGCUUUGGGUUUCUCAUGAUUUAUUAUCACUAUAUCUUAUUCUUUCUUUGAUAUAUUUGUUCACAGAGCUUUGGGUGCAAGACUGAAUGAAGGCACGGCAAUACAGAACUUUCUAAGUCACUUCAAUUGCUUUGAGGAAGUAUUCCAUUUUUACUUCAAAGCUGGGUCUUACCUACUGAGAAUGCAGUACUUUGUAAGUGUUUAUUAUGUUGUCUGAGCUUUUCUAACGUCUCUCAUUUCCCCGGUCUGUGUGUUUUGUGGGUAUGUGUCACACGGAAGCACACGCAUGGAAAAUGCGUGUGUGUGUACAAACCCAUGCUCCAAAGCUCAGCCACACCCUGCUCAUUAUGUUCUCACCCAGAGGAAGCUGUCCACACAAACCGUGUAAUAUUCACAUUAUAUGCAUCUUUGGUGAGGCCACCUAUUUCCUCUUUUCAUCCCGUUUGCCUCCUGCUAUAUCCACAUCGGUCCCCUUUAUUGAAGACAGAGCCUGGGAGUAGCCUAUCUUAAGCACCAGAGGGCAGGAGAGAACCACGCUGAGACUGAGGAUAGUUACUGGGCCUGGGUAACUUUUCACAUGUACAUGGAAAUUUACCCUCCACUUAUAAGGCAACUAUAGGCAAUUUAAACACGUUUGUUGUCAUUUUGCACAUAGCAUAUAUAAAUCUACAUUGUUUUUCCUUUUAAAAUGUUUAACUUAAUGUCCUUAUACUCUACCAGAGGGGUAAUCUUGGUAUAAAUAUAAAUCCAACCUUAAUCUAAUAUUAUAUUCUGUCUCCUGACAAUUAAAAAAACAAAACAAUGUAGAUUGAGGGAAACCACCAUCUUUGUCAAAAAAAAGAAAAAAAAAGAUUACAAGCAAACGUUUUCCCUUCCCUCUCUUUUCAUCUAACCUUUUAUUUUUCUCACCUUCACGCUCUGAUGUCUUCAAAUAUUCGCUAAAAUAUUUUUUUUAUAUACUUCUCUGCUAUCACUAUAUUAGUCCUGCAGGGACUCACACCCCGUGAUAAAGUUAUACUAAUCUCCUCAGUUAUCGCUUCUAUAUUCCUAGAGGUACUUCAUGCAGCACCUCAAUAACCAUACCUUUUAAUAUUCGGUGUCAAAACUACAGCAUUUGGUCUUUAUUAUAGGCCACUCUUUUGUUAUACCUCCCUGCAAAGUCAACAUGGGAUGGCUGCAGCGCUUUGGGUGUCCGGAUGUGUUUGGAGAGACUGAUCUUGCACGUAAAACUUCCCUGAUAUUUGAGGCGCUCCAGGGAUUUAUGGAGCAUGCCCAGUGCGCUCCUCUCAGCUCCAGAGCAAACCGCUGGUGCAGCGCAGGAGUCAUACCGAGCAUAGCCUGCGUGUCAGUGCAGUCGACUUACAGCUGGCUGUGAGGACAACUGACGCUACUCUUCUGUUGCUCUUUUAUCGCCGCGAUACAUUUGACCCAUAUAUUCUUUUUUUUUUUUUUUGGAAAAAGUAUCCUUGGCUCGCUGUCAAUACUCUUCGGGUUUAAUUGUAUUAAAGUGGUUUCUAGAAAACAAAAGUUGGAGGCUGGGCCUUUAGCUUUUUGACCGUCGCUUGAGAGUUGAAGAAGGAAGAAAAAAAAAAAAAAGAAAGCUGGUCUUUUUUUUUUGGGGGGGUAAAAACUCGAUAAAUGCUUCUAACGAAAAUGGACCUGUUGAACUACCAGUACCUGGACAAAAUGAACAACAACAUUGGCAUUCUCUGCUACGAAGGUGAAGCCGCUUUGAGGGGGGACCCCAGACUCCAGUCCCUGUCUCUGUCCUCUUCCUCCUCCUCCUCCUCCUCUUCGUCCUCGUCCUCCUCAUCGUCCUCUUCCCUCUCCAACCACAGGACGGGUCCUCCUCCCAUCAGCCCCACCAAGAGGAAGCUGAGUGGGGACCAGGGGGACAGCGACAUGGACGACAACGAGCACGUUGCGAAGAUGAGCCGACUGUUUGCCGCUCAGCUGAAGCCUAAUGGAGACUACCGCAGCUCUCCCAUGUCUAAGGACCGGAGCCGGAGCCCCAUCGAGCGCGUGGUGGUGCCCAGCACUCUGGGAGUUCACGGCAACCACCUGUACAGCCACGCCCACCACCACCACCACCACCAUCACCACCUCGCCAGCUUAGCGGGCAUGGACCAGCCGCUGGCGCUCACCAAGAACAGCAUGGUGGAAUCUGCACGCAGCAGCAGCACAGCAGCUAUGGCCUCAGUGCCACACACAGUCAGCGCCGUGGAGCGCCAGCAGAAUCGCCCUUCAGUGAUCACAUGCGCCCCAGCCAACAACCGCAACUGCAACCUGUCUCACUGUCCAGUCUCCCACAACGGCUGUGCAAGCCUCGCUAACAACUUCAGGAGAAUCAACACCAACACGGCCUGUGACCCGGUGAUCGAGGAGCAUUUCCGCCGCAGUCUUGGGAAGAACUACAAGGAGCCCGAGCCCACCGCCACCAACUCCGUGUCCAUCACCGGCUCGGUGGACGACCACUUCGCCAAGGCCCUGGGCGAGACCUGGCUGCAGAUCAAAAACAAGGGGAGUCCCUCGUCGUCGGGCAGCAGCCCAAACUCCUCCCCUGACAGUCACAUGGUCAAUCACAACCACUCCCCUUCUGUGGUCUCCUGAAGGAAGAAGGGUUUAAGAGGGGAUCGCCCCUCUUUUCCCCGGCCCCUCCCAAUCAUCCCGGCUCUAACACACACACUUUGGUCUAUCGCCAGCAUCCCAGAGGGAAUGCCUGCAUGCUGGUCUGCUAAAAACAUGUAAAACCCUCAAGCUCUCUCUCUCUCUCUCUCUCUCUCUCUCUCUCUCUCUCUCUCUCUCUC